GUUUCUCUCAAAUCAAUCAUUCCACCAUUUUCACAUCCUUGCAACAAUCAACUCCACCAUGCCUCUCACUCCAUUGAAUGGCCUCUACCGAUCCUUCAAGGCCAGACAGACUAACAAGGCCAAAUCUGGUGGAUACGUCAAACCCACGGAGGAUCACGUCGAAGACUCCGCAUCUGUUCUCAGCGACGCAACUACCCUGGCUCAGAGCAAGACUAGGCCCCAGAAGACGGCCUUUUCCCAGCAGGGCCCGGAUAGCAUCGACUACGGUUCUACUCAAUACUCUAUGAGGGGCAUGUCCACACGCGCGUGAUAGUGUUGGCAACAAUUUUUACGAGGGAUACAACCUACUUGGUAUAGAACGGAU